UUGUAAUUUUCACUGACAUUCCUUUCGAAAUUCCAUACCAUGUCGUUGAACACUUUCAAAGAGACCCUGAAACGCUGCUCUAACGUCUCUUCAAUUCCAAACCCUUCUUCAACAACAGAACCCUCAAUUUCUAAAUCUAAUGUCAAUCCUUCACAACCCCGCAGAAUCCCCCCAAAAACCUCAAUUGCUCAGCAACUCCUUCGUCUCGGACAACCUUUCUCUCCUCCCCUCAAGUUGCGCACGAAUCCACCUCAACAACAACCGCAGCCGUCUCCACCACCACCGACGCAGCCGCAAAUAGUAGACCAAAAAGAACUGAACAUACAACCGUUGAAAGAAGAAAAGCGAAGUUCCGAAGAUAGUGGGAAUGUGGAAGAGAUUGAUCAACGAGGUUUUGGGAGACCCAGAUUGGAUGUUCUGCAAUUGGGCGAAAUUGGGCCGUAUGAGCCGCUCGUUUUGUCGUCUCCUGGCGAAAUUCCGGUGAUUCAGGUCCCUGCAUCCAUCAAUUGUAAGCUUCUGGAGCACCAAAGAGAGGGAGUUAAGUUCCUGUACCAAUUGUACAAGAAUAACCAUGGAGGCAUUCUUGGAGAUGACAUGGGAUUGGGAAAGACCAUUCAAACAAUUGCCUUUUUGGCUGCUGUGUUUGGAAAAGAUGGAGAUUCUGGCAACCUCCCAGGUGCACAGAGAAACAAGAAGGGUCCUGUGUUGAUUAUAGGUCCAGCAUCAGUUCUACAAAACUGGGAGAAUGAAUUCUCUGAUUGGGCUAAUUUCCGUGUCGCUAUAUGCCAUGGUCCAAAUCGUGACUUGAUUCUUGAUAAAGCAGAGACUCGGGAAAUCGACGUAAUGAUAACAAGUUUUGAUACUUUUAGGAUCUAUGGAAAUACUAUCUCAGAGGUUAUGUGGGAUAUUGUAAUUGUUGACGAGGCACACCGGCUGAAAAAUGAGAAGUCAAAACUAUAUACUGUAUGCCUAGGUGUAAAAACAAAGAGAAGGUAUGGUCUGACUGGGACAGUGAUGCAGAAUAAAAUCAUGGAGCUGUUCAAUUUAUUUGAUUGGGUCGUACCUGGGUCUUUGGGAACUCGUGAACAUUUUCGUGAUUUUUAUGAUGAACCUCUAAAACUUGGGCAGAGGUCCAGCGCUGAUGACAAGUUUGUUCAAGUUGCUGAAGAACGUAGGCAGCACCUUGUUGCACUUCUUAAAAGCUACUUAUUAAGGAGGACAAAAGACGAGACCAUUGGGAAUCUUAUGAUGGGAAAAGAAGAUAAUAUUGUCUUUUGUGAGAUGAGUGCAUUGCAGAAAAGAGCUUACAAGAGGAUGUUGCAGCAACCGGAGAUCCAAUGCCUUAUGAACAAGGACCUUCCUUGCUCAUGUGGAAGCCCACUCACUCAAGGGGAAUGUCAUAAUAGGAUAGUUUCUGAUGGAGUCAUAUGGAGAUAUCUUCAUAAAGAUAGUCCUGAUGGCUGUAACUGGUGCCCCAAUUGCCUUAUUCUUCCCUGUAUUCUUAAGCUUCAGCAGAUUAGCAAUCAUCUAGAACUUAUCAAACCAAACCCAAAAGAUGAUCAGGAGAAACAAAAGAAAGAUGCUGAUUUGGCUAGAGAAGUGUUUGGACUUGAUAUUGAUUUGGUAGGCGGAAGUGCUCAAAAUGAAAGUUUUAUGGGCCUGAGUGAGGCUAAGGAUUGUGGAAAAAUGAGAGUCCUUGAUAGAUUAAUGGCUUCUUGGCUUGCACACGGUGAUAAAGUCCUUUUGUUCAGUCAUUCAGUUAGGAUGCUCGAUAUCCUGGAAAAGUUUCUUACGCGCAAAGGUUUUAGCUAUUUAAGACUGGAUGGCUCUACACCCACUGGGCUGCGCCAGGCCCUUGUUAAUGAGUUCAACUCAAGUCCAAGCAAGCAGGUGUUCCUUGUCUCUACUCGAGCUGGUGGACUUGGGCUUAAUCUAGUUAGUGCAAACCGAGUAGUAAUAUUUGAUCCAAACUGGAAUCCAUCACAUGAUCUGCAGGCUCAAGACAGAUCAUUUCGCUUAGGCCAGAAGAGGCAUGUUGUUGUUUUCCGCCUUAUCGCUGCUGGUUCUCUUGAGGAACUUGUGUAUACUCGACAAGUGUACAAACAACAGUUGUCAAACAUUGCUGUUUCCGGGAAGAUAGAAAAGCGGUAUUUUGAGGGUGUUCAGGAUCACAAACAAUUUCACGGUGAGCUUUUUGGAAUAGGUAAUCUGUUUCGAGAUCUUUCUGACAAGCUAUUCACCAGUGACAUCGUUGAAUUGCAUGAAAAGCGUGAAUAUGAAUGUACGGAUCAAAAGGGCUUGAAUAAUCUUGGGGAGCAUUUUAUCCAACCAAGUGAAUCAUCUCUAUCAGAAUCUAGAGUGAAAAAAACAGGUAUCUCAGAUAGCACUGCAACAAGAAAGCCACUACUGGAGGAGUUGGGUAUCUUAUAUUCUCAUCGCAAUGAACAUAUAAUCAACUUUGGACCUGGAGGGAGAGUCAGCGAAACAAAAGACAGAGCGACUCCAACUAAUGAUUUGAAGGAACCUCAUAUAUGUCCUUCUAUUGGAGCUAAACAGUUGAGUAGUGGGUCAGAGAGGAACAAAGAAAAUAAAAAGAUGGAAUUCAGUCUAAUUGCUCAAUUCAUGGGUAUGACCGAAAUUGAAUUUAGUAGAUGGGUUAUUUCUGCGGCUCCUUUUGACCGAGAGGAAGUGCUUCAUGACUACAAGAGGAGGAGAAAAGAGAAAUUAUACAGGGUUUAAUCACUCUUUAAUCAAUGUACAGUUGUCUACAUAUCUGUAAAUAUAUUUUUGUUAUACGGAGAUGUACUUUUGGUUGUUGGAUGGAGCCAAAGAUUCAUUUGUUCUUUUGGUUGUGGAUGUAAUGGAUUAAAUCAAAAUGGCUCUGAAUA